AAAUUGAUGGAACGGGAACAUGUCUAUCGUGUGCCCGUGCUCUGGCCUAUCAUUCAGAUUCAGUUUGAAAGCACUGCUGCCAAACGUGUCCGCUGGCGUUGAAUUGAUUCAGAUUCAGUGUGGAGGCUUCACCGCUUCAGAUGGCUAACGAGGGUGCUGUCGUUGCUGCAAACUGUUGAUCCCAUCGAUCCGGGAACAUGGCUGCUAACGAGGGUUGCUAACUGUUGGAAGGAAAUCCCAUCUGGAACGCGUCAAAUAUACAAGCAGCAGCGCUGGUGCCAACCCUGCAGCACCCUAAACUUGCCUUCGACGUCCUACGGUUCCCUCAUGCUCCUAACCGACUGCGCCUGAAGCUUCUAAAAAUGUUGUUACUUCCUUUCAUUGCCCGUAUCGCUCCACGCCUCCAUCUCCAGCCGGCGCGAUGUCGGCCGGCGGAGGGCACGGCGACGACCGUAGCCUGACGUCACCGCCCCGGCCGCCGCCGCCGCCCUCCCCGCUCCACCUUCUGGAGGUGACCGUGAUCUCGGCGCAGGACCUGCACCGGCGCCGCCUCGGCCGGCGGGUGCGCGCGUACGCCGUGGCGUGGGCGGACGAGGCGCACAAGCUGCGCACGGGCGUGGACCGCGCGGGCGGCGCGGCGCCCACGUGGAACGACCGGUUCCUGUUCCGCGUGGGCGGCGCGUUCCUGCGCUCCGACACGGCGGCGGUCACCGUGGAGGUGCGCGGCGCCGGGGGCGGCCCGCUGGGCGUGGGCGGCGACCCCGUCCUCGGCCUCACGCGCAUCGUCGUGAGCACCUUCGUGCGCCCCGGCGGCAGCGGCGGCCGGCAGGUGGCGGCGCUGCUGCUCCGGCGGCCGCGCUCGCUCCGGCCGCAGGGCAUCGUCAACGUGGCCGUCGCGCUGCUGGACGCCGCCCGCGCUGCACGCACCGUGCCGCUCUACGACGCACCCGGCUCGCCCGACGCGUUCGCCGUCAGGGACCUCGUCAUGACGAGGACGGCGUCGCUGUGCAAGAUCGCCGAGCUCGGCGAAGAGGAGCCGGACGUCGACGAGGACCAGAGCAACCCGGCGUUCGUCGACCACUCCGGGCGGCUGGACCCCAGGGGCGUCGCCGUGGAGCAGAGGAAGCUCGAGCUGAAGCUUGAGAAGUGGAAGGCUGACCUGUCGCCGGGCCCCAAGGAAGGCAGACGCGGCGGCGCGCGGAGGUGGGGUCGGGGCUUGUGCUUCCGUGGCAGCGGCGAGUGGGGCAGGUAACACCACCGAUCAUCCAGACCGCAGCAUGUCUGGAUGGAAAGAACGGCGCGACAGGAUGCUCGUGUAGUGUAACAUGAUAUGCCAUGCGACACCAGCUUUUACCGCGAAAAAUCUGUGAUUUAUUCAGAUUGUUUAGGUUACAGUUUUUCGACUUGAUUAUUUGUUUAGGUUUGGCCACAGUAUGCAAAAAACAAAUAUUGCAAAAAAAAUAAAGAGAGGGGUCGUGUGCUUGUCUCUU